GGCGAAACCCUGGUCGCUUCAUAGCCGCAGAAGCUCGACCAGAGUGGUCAGACAUUCCCGACCCUCCAUAGCAAGGCAAAAAUAACGACUGCGACCUUUUAGCAAGUAUGAUCGACGACAAAUUCAUUGGCAUGACAUUGGCCAUAUUGGCUUCUUGUGCAAUUGGCUCGAGUUAUGUCAUUACGAAAACGGGCCUCACACAAGCAGCCGAGCACCUGGCUUUAAUGGCGAUGGUCACGAAUACCUGCGAAGUCCCAUUUGGUGGUGUGGAAUGCUUACACGUAAGCAAGCAUACAGGAUGGUGAAGCAUUAGGGUCGACAGUGGCUGAUACUAUGAAUCAGUUAUUUCUGGGGAGCUCAUGAACAGCAUAG